CAGCUUGUCAAGCUAUCCUAGCUGUGUGCGACCACACGUUCGGUCGAACAAUGCCUUCCAACGAUCCUGAUACGGCAACAAUGGACAGCAAGAGCAGCCGCUCGUCCGAUAAGACCCCAAGCCUGCCCAUCUCGAAAUCAGCCUCCAACACCAGCCUGGUGCCCUCGGCCACCUCGUCUUCUUCGCUCUCGUCCUCGCCUUUCGGUUCCAGAUGGCAUCAUCACAAGAACAAAGCCUCGCAUGAUUCCGCAAUCUCGCAUGCGAUAUUGGGACCCGCCAUAUCGUCCAUUGCUGCUCACAAUCCUUUUAGCAUCGGACAUUUGACAGAGGAUGGAAAGGAGCAUCGGCAGGGAAUACAUCACUCAAAGGUCCCAAGCGGUGACUACGAUUACGAGGGAAAGAAGAGCCUCGAAGAUGGUAGCGUGGUUGGAGAAGGCGAAGCAAAUGACGAGCAUGCCUCUUUGCAGAAGAAGGAGCGGAGGAGGAAGCGAGACCUUUUCAAGCGAGCGGCCGGAAGAAGCUUGUCGCCGUUUCGCUACCACCAUGGCGAGAAACGGAGUGGCAGAAAGGCCUCACUGUCGGGCGAAAGCAGUAGCAGGCUCAACACAAGGGACAGCAUCGACGUAGAACGCGAGCGAGGGCGCGAGCAAGGUGGAGAUGGAGCUAUGACGGACGGAGAGAGCGACGGAGAAAGCAUCAGAAGCGGCAUCACCCCAAGGAACAAUGCAUUCGGCGGUGGGGAUAGCGAUGAUGAAGACCUCGCCAGCAUCAAUGAGAUCCGGGAUCAAAGUGGCGCAACGGCGGCAGAUAUCAGGGCAAGAAAUCAGGAAAGACAUACGCAUGAGGAUGCAGAAGACGAGAAAGGAGGAAGGGAAGGAGAUGAGACGGAAGAAGAAGAUGAAGAUGACCUCAUUUAUUUUGACGACGAAACACUCGACAACACGCUCUUUAAUGCCGGGUGCAUUGGACUGCACGAUGCAUGGCAGAAGGACGAUAACCAUUCGUCAAAAGGCCCCGAAGUCUACUACGGUCCCGAUGACUACGACGCCGCAUGGGGUGGUGCUGGUCCGACUGGGCAUGACGAAGGGGACGAAGGCUUGCGGGCGCCCAACGUCGUCAUUGGCGAGCAAUACGGUCACUCCCUCGAUGAGUUCGAAGGUGAUGGACUGAACGUUCUUCAGAAAGAGGAGGACAAGCCUGGCAAGAUCAACAGGCCACCAUCUGCCACGUCAUCGGAGAUGUCGCCCGAAGCGAGCAACAACAAGAGCACAUAUGAACAGUGGAAGUGGGCUCACCAGGACGAGAAACAGUCAGUAUCGCCUUCGCAGAAGCUCAGCGCAUCGAGACCCAUCUUCGAAAGGAACCGAUGCACCAUCACGCUUGUUCACGGAGAGUACGAGCGUUGGGCAAAGGAGAGCAAGCGCCCCAAGAGGUACAUUGUGGCCAGCGAUGGCAGUGAAGAGAGUUCUUAUGCCAUCGAGUGGACAAUCGGAACUGUACUCCGCGACGGCGAUGAGAUGCUUGUUGUAUCAGUCAUGGAGACGGAUACAAAGCUUGACAGCACAGACCCUCAUCACGAAGACAGGGCAGCCCGGCGAGAACAUCAGAUGAUUCGUCAAUCAAUGUGCGUCGUUCUGGCGCGACGAGCCACAGCUGUGCUCCAACGAACAAGGCUAGGUGUAAAGGUGUCCUGUCAAGCUCUGCACGCCCGCAACUCGCGCCAUAUGUUCAUCGACAUGAUUGACUUCUUCGAGCCUACGAUGUGUGUUGUUGGAUCGAGGGGCCUGGGCAGCCUCAAGGGCGUCCUGCUCGGAAGCUUUUCACACUACUGCGUCCAGAAAAGUCCUGUUCCCGUCAUGGUCGCUCGUAAGAGGCUCAAGCUUCCAGCAUUGCCGCGCGGAAAGGGCGAUGUCGUUUCGAACGUCAGAGCGAGGCAUAUGAGGCUGGACCAGGCCAUGAUCGAAAAGGACGCAAAUGUGGCCGAGGAAGAUCCCGAAGGCAAAGACAAACAGGACGAUGCCGGUGAAGAAAGCGAGAAGAAGCAAGAUGCUGCAGAUGCUGCUGCUGCUGAAGAAGAAGAAGGCGAUGCAAAGGAAGGGACAGACAAGAGAGAGGCAGAAAUCGGGCAAGUGGCAGAAAUCGGGAGAGAGGAGAAAGAGGACCAGGUAGUAAGGGACAAAAAUAUAAUAGAAUCGACUAGCGAGGAGGUCAAGGACAAGACAGACAAGCAGGGAGAGGGGGAUAAAGACGAAGAAGAGAGGGGUAGAAGAAGAGCAGGGGAACAUGAGAAGGUUCAGAUGGAAGAGGAGGAGCCGCGAGGUAGAAACCGCUCUAGAGUUGCAGAAGGACAGUAGCUGUCGAUCUUAUCUCGUUUCAUCUGCAGGGAAUUGUAGUCACCAGGG